GUUUGGCGUUUGGUAAAAUUUUUGUUAAAAGUGUUGUUGGUACUAAUUCCCACAUAAUCAGAAAAUGAUUGUUGCAUAAUUAUUAAACCCAGUACCUCUUUGAAACUGAUUCCUGCAUAUUCAGAAAAUGACAGCACCUCAUACUGCUUUUCCUUAUAGCUUUCUCUCACAGCAAUUUUUAACAAUAAGUAAUUUUUUCAUAGUUUACCAAACGAGCUAUGCUUCCUAAAAUUUUUAAAAAAUCAUUUAUCACCCAAAAAUAAGCAAUGCCGAACUGUCACUAAAAAGCCUCCAAAAAAUAAAGUUAAAAACCCAAAUUGAAAAGAAAAAAAAGAGUAAAACUCCGUGUUCCGCCGCACGAAGAACCCUUCGCUCGCCCUUGCUCGUGGUAUCUCAGUCAGCCAGCCUUAUCGUCUUAAAAGAGAAACAUCAUAGAAGUUAUGAUGCAUUGGGGUUUCCUUGCUCUGAAGGUUUAUUGCAGAAACUGUGCUCUUUGAUGAACUGGGUGCUGAGCUUCUCUCUACCCAAAACCAGUCAUCUAAUUUGCCGCGGCCUUCACUUGGGUAAGCAAUUCUCAAGCCCAAGUUCUGAGAACAUUAUUUUUAGAGCAAUUUGUGUUAAUCUCAAACAGAGGAGAUGGAAGUUUCUAGAGCAGAUAUCACCCACUCUUACCAAUUCCUUAGUAAGUCGUGUUGUUCUCGAGUUUCGAAACUCCCCACAGUUGGGUUUAGAAUUUUACAAUUGGGUUCGAGAGAACAAGAGCUUUCCUCACUGUUUAGAAUGUUCUUGUACUGUAAUUCAUGUGUUGGUCCAUUGUAGGAGAUUUGAUGAUGCCUUGUCUCUUAUGGAGAAUCUAAUGAGUAGAGAUGGUCUGCUCCCAUUGGUUGUUUUGGAAGGGUUGGUUAGUAGCUAUGAUGAAGCUUGUGGUUGUUCAAGCCCUGCAGUGUUUGAUGCACUUGUGAGGGCUUGUACUCGAUUCGGGCAGACCGAAGGUGCUUAUGAGGUAAUUAAGAAGCUGAGGAUGGAUGGUUAUUGGGUUACGGUUCACGCUUGGAAUAACUUUCUUAAUCAUGUACUGAAGUUGAAUGAAAUUGCUAGGUUUUGGAAGCUAUAUAAAGAAAUGGUUUCAUAUGGGUAUGUUGAAAAUGUCAAUACCUUCAAUUUGGUUAUUUAUGCUCUCUGUAAGGAAUGCAAAUUACUAGAAGCAAUGUCGGAAUAUUAUCGGAUGUUGAAGAGUGGAAUUUGGCCUAGUGUUGUUACUUUUAACAUGAUUAUAGAUGGAGCGUGCAAGAUGGGUGAUAUGGAACUUGCCUUGAAGCUUUUGAGGAAGAUGGGAGUAAUGUCGGGGGAGUGUGUUACGCCCAAUUUAGUUUCGUACAAUUGUAUCAUUAAUGGGUUUUGCAAAAUUGGUAGUUUAUCUUUUGCAGAGGAAAUCCAAGCUGAAAUGACCCAGGCAGGUGUUGAGUCCAAUUUGAGGACUUAUGCAACUCUAGUAGAUGGGUAUGCAAGAGGAGGGAGUUUGGAGGUGGCACUUAGAUUGUGUGAUGAAAUGGUGGAAAGGGGUCUGACCCCUAACUCUGUUGUUUACAAUUCAAUUAUCCAUUGGCUUUGCAAAGAAGGAGAUGUUGAGGAAGCAUAUUUGUUGUUUUCCGACUUGAUUGACAGGCAUUUAUGCCCUGAUCAAUUUACCUAUUCAAUCCUCAUUAACGGGCUCUGCCGAAAUGGGCUUGUGACUGAAGCACUAAGAUUCCAUAACCAAAUUCUUGAGAAAAGCCUUGUCAAGGAUGUUUUUUCUCAUAAUAUCCUCAUCGAUUAUAUGUGCAAAAACAAAAACUUGAUAGGAGCCAUGCAAUUGUUGGGCAGUAUGUUUGUUCGUGGUCUACUUCCUGACACUGUCACCUAUGGAACCUUGAUUGAUUGGUACUGCAAAGAAGGAAACAUAGGAAGUGCAGUUCAAAUUUAUGGCAAACUGAUAGAUGUGGAGAAAAAACCUAAUUUGGUGAUAUACAAUUCUGUUGUAAAUGGGUUAUGCAAAGAGGCAUCAGUGGAUAUUGCAAGAAAUUUGAUGGAUGCAUUACAGAGGAUAGAUUUUCUUGACAUUAUAACCUAUAACACAUUGAUUCAUGCAUAUUUCAUCUGUGGGAAGAUUGAUGAGGCAUUUUUUUUGUUUCGGGAAAUGGAAGAGGUUGGGAUUUCAUUCAAUAGAGUCACUUACAAUAUAUUGAUCAAUUUUUUGUGCAAGUUUGGGUGUUCUCAACAAGCAAAGGAACUUAUGAAGGUAAUGAUUUCUAGGGGUAUGGUUCCUGAUUUUAUAACAUACACCACUCUUAUUACCAGUUUCAGUAAGAAUUGCAGCCCAGAAGAAGUCAUUGAAUUACAUGACUACAUGGUGAUUAAGGGAGUAAUUCCUGACAGACAAACGUACAAACAUGUUGUCUGUCCAUUUCUUCUAGAAGAAAAUGAAAAUGCAAAGAUUAGCACACAGAAUUGAGUUUCGACAGUUCAACAAUGUGUAUAUUUGUCCUCCAUCGUCCACUAUAGCAUGUGUUUUCGGCCAGUCAGUCCAUAGAGAACGUGCUGGGCUUUCCAAAGUAACAAGAAUCACGCAUUUAUUCAACAUUGUUUAUAUCGGGCGUAUUUGGUUUUUGCAUGGACCUAGGUUAAUUAUGGUAUAGAAAGGAUUCAGCUGUUACAUACUGUAGGAAUAUGUUUAAGAGGAUUGAAGGUGAUGACGUGGUCAGAGACAUUGUAAGGGUCAGUACUUUGACUUCUUAUCUUGUGUCGAUAAAUGUGCUAGUAUUCAUAUAAUAAUUCUUCAUACUCUUUAUCUAAGUUUCUCACUGAUAUGGCCCUCUGGCAUGUAGGUUGCACCAAAGUUAUUUGCAGAGCUCAAUGAACUGCGUGGUAGUUUUAGGGUAUUUUCAUUCUUCAUUUGGUGUAUUUUAUGCAAGAGUGCGGAUCAUGUUUUCUUAUCCUGCCGGUUUAGCUGGAAAUUAUGAUGUUCUAUUUAAUGAGAUUAAUGUUAGUUAGGUGGCGCCACAACACUGUUUAUCUUUUCUGGGUGAGAAAUCUAAAGUAUUGGGUGGUGGAAAGAAUGCUAAAGUAAUACGGGGCUGUAUGAUGAUGGCUAUCAUUUAAUCUAUUUGGUCGGAAAGAAACCAACGGAUCUUCGAAGAUUUUAGGUGGAUGUAAGUGGAGGAGGUGUGGGGAAGGUCAAGUAUCGGGCAGCACUUUGGGCACCUGUUUAGGAACACUUCUGUUUCUGUCAUUGUUCUAGACUGGAAAGCUGAAGUGUCAUGAAUAUGUUUAGGUUUGUUAAAUUAGAUGUAGCUUGAAUUGUUGUUUUUUCUCUCAUAGAUUCUUGGUGGAUUGCUUAUCCUUGUUUCUGCACAGUUUCUAUUGUGAAAUAAAAUUACAUCGUUUCAUUUCAAAACUAAAAAAUAAAAUAUUCAUUUUUGAUGGAUAAACUUGGCUCUGAUCUUCGAUUGAAAUUUUUUUUUCAGAAACAUUUUUCAAAUCUUGGUGAUAGUUGUUGAACUUUAAAAGAAAAUUUUGUUUUCCCUUUUGGAUUUAUGAUAUCCUCCAUUAGAAGACAUGAUUUUUCUGAAUCUGUUUAGGCUUGUAAUUGAUUGACCCAAAUAGGUUAAUUGAUCUUUGAAGAUGACGAUUUGCAUUUUCUUUUCACAAAUGUUCCAUUGUCCAUGCCGUGAAUUUUCAUUGGGAUUCUUGCUUUUGUUUUCAUAAUUACUUCUCGAAUUAUAACUUUAUGCUAUGUUCAUUUUCUUAUUUGUUUUUUUUUUGGGUCUCAUACUUUGUUGUUUGGUUGCUUUUUAUGAUUUUUAUUUUUAUGAGAAUGUUUGGUUGCUUUUCGAAACAGUAAAAGUGCUUCCUACAGCUCAUGACAGAUGGAGACUAAUAGCAAAUUCAUUAACGUUGUGAUAGUGAUUUGUGAAGCUGUAAAAAUUAUAGAAUACAGGGAACAAGUACUGAAAAUUCAAUGCUUCUGCUGCACUGCAAGGUCCUCUGCUGAUUUUGUUGUGAAUGGUGCUUGAGUUCAAGUCUUGAAGAAGGGGAGGCUGCAAAACUUGUAUUGGAAUGAGAUGGCUGAGCUACUGUAACUUUGUCGACAAUCAGGAUUCUGCAAUCAAGCAUCCAACUGCAAGAGGGUGGCUACUUGGAAAUAUUCCUGCAGUAAAUAAUAAAGAUAACACCGUUAACAUGGAGUAAAUUUUUGAGGGUGUGGCUAGGAGGAAUAUUUUCACAGAUAAAAAAAAAACAUAAAAAUUUAAAAUUUAAAGGCAAAAAGUCACUUUGGUCCUUGUAGUUUGUUUUCCAUUUUUGUCCGUGUGAUUUUAAUUUUGGCAAUUGGACCCAUGUACUUUGACAUCCUUGCAGUUUGUUUGAUCCAAAUUGGAAGCA